UUAAAAAGAAAUAAAAAUAGGUUUUUAAAAAAAAUGAUAAAAAGAAACCCAAAAGAAAGGUAAAGCCCAUUUGAAAAGCACUUUUACAGGCACUUAUAUAAUGUUUAAAUUACUUUAAAUUAGCUAAAUGAGAGUAUUCGUUCAAGUAGAAAAUAGAGAUCUGAAUAAUAAAACUCUACUCAGCUUGUAAAAGUCAAAGAAUGGUAGAAUUAAAGCGACGACGAUGCAAAUAAAAAAAAGGUUCACGAGAACAAAAAUUAAAAAAAAUCAUUUGUUCUGUUAAGGAUUCUAUUUCUAGUUUUAAUAUGGAUUUUUGGAGUUGCUUUUUUAAUGAGAACAAAAACUUAUAACAGCAUAAGACUGUCUAAAUCUGAUUGGGAGCAACUUGUUGUAAAACAAUUUUCAAGAACAUAUUCCUUUAAUAAUUCUUUCUAAUAAGAAGUGGAGAAGCUUAACUAAUUUAGCUUUGUUGAUUAUUGCAUCGCAAUGAAGGCUCAAUGGUUAUAUGAACUUAACCCAUAUUAUAGCUCUACUAUAGAAUCUUAAUUAAAUAAUUUAUGGAAAUUAGGAUAAAACAAAGUACAUGAUUUUUCUAUUUUCGAAGUUAAUUCUACUUUCAUUUACUUUCGUGUUUUUGAAAUUAGAAGAAAGAAGGGUGCUUAUAGCUUUAAGUUAGAUAUAACUUUUAUUUAAUAUGAUUUCAAAGAAUUACAGAGAGUAUAUCUUAAAUAAACUAACCAGCAAUUAAUAGAUAAAUAGACUUUUAAUCACAUAUACCUCUAGUAAAAUACAAUUGUAAAAAAUCUUUUCUAAAAUGGUAUUUAAGAUCAUUUAUAAUAGAAAUUAUGA